AUGUCAAACAUAAACAAGACAAAGAAUACAAGUAGUCAGGACCAUGAGGGCGAUACAAAUAUGAAUGAACAGAAUGAACAAGAACAACAUGAUAGUCAACAAGACAACAGUAGUAGUGAUCUGGAUGAAGAUUUAUAUAGAAUAGAUGGAGAGGAUGUAGAUGAUGACGACGACGACGAUGAUGAUACAUUCUAUCGAACUACAUCAACAACCUCAACAACAUCUUCUUCAUCAUCUUCUUCUUCAAGGCCUACAAAGAAAGGAACUAAACCAACAAUAACGAGUAAUAAGAGCAACAAGAGUCAGACAGGUGGCAGCGGAAGAUAUAGAGAUGAUGUUGAUGAUAAGGUUACAUUCAAGAUCAUACCCUACGCCACGCUGGCCUCAAAAUCACCGAGCAAGAGCAUACUGAAGAACAAGAAGGAGACAUCACUAAAGAGAAAGAUCGUAUGGGAUGAGGAGAACUUGACCAUCAAUGAGAUGCAAAAGUCAUCAACGAUGAAGAUAGAUGAGCCAAAGACUCCUUAUCAUUAUUAUGAAUCAGAGGAGGAGACUGAUGACUCAAAGAAGUAUCUAGAGCAGAGGUUUAUGGAGCUAGAGAGUGCUCUUCAUAAACAUAACACAAAGAGUGAAUGGGAUGAGUCAGACGAUGACGAUGAUGUCGAUGGUCAAGAUGAUGAUGAGCCCAAAAAGGUUGGAAAGAGAGUUGCUGUCAGUGGCGGUGACGAUGAAGAGGACGACGAAGACGACGAUGAAGACAAUGGAGAAGAGUCAAAAGAGAGAAGACAGAAGUUUGACAAGAUUAGAAAGGCUCACUAUAAUGAGUUCUUGGAGCUACGAAGAAUGAAGCACCAUUUGGACGAUGAGCCGGAAGAAGGCGAGGACACGGGUGCAUCAGCUGCAGCCGUAACACAAUCAGACGCGACAACAUCCACCACAAAGGCCACCACCGAUACCCUUAGUAACAACAGCAACAGCAGCAGCAGUAGUAGUCGAAAGACUACUGAUACGAAUGUUGAUGGCUCACAACCAAAGAAGAGCGCGAUGUCCACAUCCACAACAACGAAGCGACCGGCAAGACCAAAGAAAAAGGUUGUAAUAUAG